UGCGGUUUUGUCAUUACAGGUGACUCUUCUGGAGUGGUGUAGUAUCACACACUAGGCAGCCGAUCCCGGAUGCAGGGCCGUCCAGCUCCAGUCCAGGCUACAUGACAUUGAACAUACUACAUAUGCUAAUCGCCCAUUGUAAUGGUCUUGAACUUUUUUGGUCUCGAGCUUCCGACAUGGUCUCGUCCCCUUAUCUGCCAGCGCUUGGUUGUUUCGGAAAUUCCAUACAAUCAGGCUCCUUCUCAAUAACAGUUGGCUAUGGCUCCAUGUACUUCACGAUCACAACGGAUUCGCACAAGUAGCA